AUGGAUGUGUUUCGCGCCUACACAUACUCGACGGCCGCAUGGCUGUCGCUUCAGAGCUUACCUCUGAUUACCGGACCGAGCAUGAUGGUGACCAUGCUGCUAGAUGAGACUCGGCCUGUUUCCCCCAUGGAGAUAUACUUCGCCCGAUGCCUCGGCUUCAGUUUUCUCACUAUCGCCGUCUUAACCGUGAUGCUAACCGGCUCCAUCCCUCUGACGGCCGACAUCAAGGAGUCUGUGACAACAGAGGAGGAUGACCCCAAGGCGCCCUACGCUGUGCCAACUCUGAUGGUGACCUCUAUCUUCCAUGCCGCAUGUGCUUUCUACGCGUACACCUGGUAUGUCACCGGUGGACAAGGUCUCUUUGCUGUUGGAGUUGCUGGAUACUCUAGUAUUGCGGCCAUUGGGUUGUGGUGUAUGCUCUUUGCUAGCAGCCACGGCAAGAUCAGUCGCCGUAACGGUGCAGACAAGAGGACGACGGGGUUCCCUUUCAAGAAUUCGGAAGCAGCGAAGAAACAUGGCAAGGCUGAAUCACAGCUCCAGAACGCAACGCAUGCGUUUAUUCGUCCUCCACGACAAGGCGAGCCUGCGACCAACUUCAUCACCGCGUCUCAGUCCACACAGCACCAAUCGCACCAAGGCCACCCUAGCAAUGGACUUGCCUCGCACUUACAACCACAAGGGCAACCCUCCAGUGGUAUACAUCAAUCGCAGGACUACAACAAUGGCAUCGCUCAUGCAGCGAAUAUGAGCGGUGCAUUACAUGGCGCUGCUGCUGGACAAAUAGCGCCUCCAGCAUCGCUGUCCCAGCACGAGCUACCGAUGGGAAACAACGCGCAUCAAGCUAAUAACAGCUUAACAACGCUGCAGUCCUCAAGUCAACCGUUUCAACCGGACUUUAUCGAGCUAGAUCCUGGCUCUGCGGAUCCAGCGGCCUUCACUGGGCCUGGGGAGCUGCAAGGCUUUAAAUUGGUCCCGAACCCUCCACAUCUGGACUACUGGAGAGAGAGGUUGUUCAAUGUUGAUGAAAUGAUCACCCUGAGCGAAGAGGGAGUAUGCAGACUCCAUUGUUGGGAUUAUUUCUACCCUACUGGGAGGCUGACUUGCAUCAUCCUUUUCUACAGAUUCCAAACAUACUUCCCCCACGUUGACAAUGUAUACUCUCAUCGCUCAACCCAGCGGUACAAGCGAAAACCCUUCGUCUCCCAUUACUGGGACUGUCGACUCAAAGGACGACCACCUGGAACCCCCAAAUCCGACGACCCAGAAAAGAAGAAACGCAAGCGUACGGCUAGAGAACGGGAUCUCUGCCAUGUCAAGAUCAAAGUCGUGGAAUACUUCCCAUCGUCCGAAAUAGCAAAUACGACCCAUGCUGUCGAGCCCUUGCCAUCUAACAUCCUACCUGGCAUGUAUACUUUCUCUCUGAAUGAUGAUCCUGCGAUCCGAAAUGUCCAAACAUUCGGUAUGCUCACGCCAAACCCUGGUCUACCACCAAAUCAUCCGGGAUCGAAUGGUGGGAGAUAUUUCACGAUACAGCGGGUGAAUGGUAAUGGUGCCAACGGGAAGAAUGACGGAGUAAGUGGUGGUCAUCAACAUACGCUUGAAGAGAGCGAUCGUGUCAAAAAGAGUAGUGUGCAACGGUAUGUUCUGAAGGAAAAGAAAGACAAAAGGACGAGAACGGACCGAGUCAUGUCUCGAGCAGGCCAAAAGUCAUACCAUACAAAAGCGACGGGUCUGGCUGCUGAAACUGCAAUCAAACACUCCGCCGAUGUUAAUCUCAAGCUAUAUGGAAGCUGCUUCUGCCCGUUCGUUCAACGGGUAUGGAUUGCAUUAGAACUGAAAGGUAUCCCGUACCAAUACAUCGAAGUGGACCCAUAUGAGAAGCCCCAGUCGCUAUUAGAGGUAAAUCCACGAGGACUUGUUCCUGCUUUGCGGCACGAUGACUGGGGAUGCUAUGAAAGCAGCGUGUUGUUGGAAUAUCUGGAGGACCUGGGUGUGGGAGCUGCAAUGCUUCCAGCAGACCCAAAGCUGCGCGCCCAUUGUCGGUUGUGGGCGGAUCAUGUCAAUCGGCAUAUCGUGCCGAGUUUCUACCGUAUCCUGCAAGAGCAGGACCAACAGAAACAGAUAGAGAAGACACAGGAGCUGCGAGACGCGAUGGAGAAGCUGCUCGAAGCGGCGCAUCCCAAGGGGCCCUUCUUCAUGGGCCCGCAGAUGUCCCUUGUGGACGUUCAAGCUGCCCCGUGGAUCAUUCGGCUGCGGCGGGUGUUGAAACCAUACCGAGGAUGGCCAGAUGCUGAGGAUGGAACCAGGCUGGCCUCUUGGGUGAAUGCAAUCGAGACCGACCAGCAUGUGCAGGCGACAACCAGCACAGACGAGCUGUACCAUGACAGCUAUGAGCGAUAUGCCCAGAACCGCCCAAACACAUCCCAGGUCGCAAACGCAAUUAACGCAGGACGGGGCCUCCCUUAA